AUGGUUGUGGGGCGAUCAGCGGUUCUGGGACGAUUGGCAACGGUUCUGGGACGAUGUGAUCCAGUGGUAGUUGCUGGUGGUAACAUGGACUCGCAAGCCACCAUCUCCACCAGCGCACAAGUCGUAAUAGACAUGACUUGUUACACCAGUGGCAAGACUGUUUUUAGCGAUCACCAAAUACCUCAGCCACGACUUAGCAAGGAAGCGUCAUCUGUUCUCAUUGACCUCGGGGAGGCUGUGCAGUCGAAUGCGACCCAUGAUGAGGUCGGUGUGCUCAUUGAUGGUACACUAUUGCAAGAGGUCUACGUCAGGAACGCUUGUCUGCAAGCCAUCCAGAUAAACACCUACAAAAUCAAAAAUCUCCAUGUGAUUAGAGAACAGAGAAAAGUCAGCCCAACAGUAUGGUACUGA